UUUCUCCUCUUCCUUUGUGUUUGAACCUUUUUCAGUCUGCUCUGUGGAACCGGGGACUCUGAAGAGAAACGUUUCUGUCUGCCACUUUCAGAGUUCACUCAUGUCUGUGGGACUAGAAGCCGAUUUAUCCAGCGAUGAGGUGUUUAUGAGCCGGUUUCCCUUCCACCGCGCUUGUCGGGAUGGAGAUGUUGGCGCUUUGGUCUCACUGUCACAGCAGCUCUCAGACCAGCCUCAUCUGACUGUUGAGGACUCCUGCCACGGUUGGACCCCCAUACACUGGGCUGCUCACUACGGACAGCUGGAGUGUGUGGUGCGCCUGGUGCAAAUGGGUUGUGAGGUGAACGCGGUGACAAGCCGCUUCAAUCAGACGCCAACACACACUGCAGCAUUUGGAGGACAUCCUCAAUGUGUGUUGUGGCUGACUCAGGCUGGAGCUGACGUCAACAAACAGGAUUUUGUAGGUGAGGCUCCAGUCCACAAGGCAGCUCGGUCAGGUAGCUUGGACUGUAUCCAGGUCCUGUUGAUAGCAGGUGCUAAACCCCAUUUAAGGAAUGCCAGUGGGCAGACUGCAGCAGACCUGGCCCUCGCUCACGGCUUCCAUGACUGUUUCUGCCUCAUCUCUAAAACCCAGAAGCACCUGCUGCAGCUCAGCGGACUCCAUGUGAACGGAGUGCAGAAUAGAAACAGUGCCCCGUGUGGUCAGGAGCUGCUCAGCAGAAAGAGACUGCAGACUGCCAUGGACACUGGUCACAUGAAGAAAGCCAGGAGAGCUGAUAAUGUGGUGCAGAUGCAAAGCAGUGGAGGUGAGGAGCUGGAGAGCAUGAACAUGGAGUCUGCACAGGAGCUCAGCUCAGCAGAUGACACCAAAGCCAUCACCAACGGCCACCAUCACACACUGCCUUAUGCUGACCAGGACGACCUUGAGCCACCCAAAAGCCGCUCCUCAACGUCCUCCCCUCCAGCCAAUCAGCAAGCAGCAGCGGCUGCUCAGCACUCGUUAACUGACAUGUGUGGUUCACUGCAUCUGACGGGCAGCCCCAGCAGUUACGUGUCCCACCGGCCGACCUGGUGGGGGCUGAUGGGAGCAGACUGUGGGGACUUCCUGCAUUACGGACACUACCAUGGCUUUGGAGACACGGCAGAAGAACUGAGCGACAGUAGCCGCCUGGACUACAGCAACAGCAUCCAGGCUGAGCACAGAUACAAGCAGGCUGUGGCCAGCACCAUCCACCUGUACCACGGCUCAUAAAGACAGAGGGUUAGCCUAUUAGGGAAGGAUUACUCUGCUAUGCUUUCUCUUAACUUGCAUUAAACAACAUUCUGACAUUUGGAAAAAUAA